AUGGCUCGGUCAAUCGUUUGUGGUGUUACGUUUCUUGUGGUGGUGAUGUUGUUAGCUGUUGGUGAGGCGGCAACCCCACCGGGCAUUGCUAACAACCCUAGCCAUGCAACCUGUAAAGACCCAACUUACAAAGAAUGUUACAACCUCGUGCAUGUUUGUCCUAAUAACAGCAACACCAACAACAACGACAACACCAACACCAACACCAACAACAACACCAACAACAACAACAACAACAACGACAACAAACCAACGCCAGAGAUAGAACCUCCUCCGUCUUCACCUCCCGCCAUUACUCCUCCAUCUCCAACUACCCCCACUCCCACCCCUUCACCACCUACUCCAUCAUCACCACCUCCCACCACCCCUUCAUUACCAACUCCAUCUUCACUACCAACACCCUCUUCACCACCUCCCCCUACUCCCUUCCCAUUAACUCCACAAUCACCGCCUACCCCCAUACCUUUAUCCCCAUCACCUCCUACAUGGUACCCUACUCCACCACCUCAACCAAAGAGACGCAAGUGCAAAAACAUUAACUAUCCCCAAUGUUAUGCAACCGAGCAUGUAUGUCCUUCUUCUUGUCCUAAUCAAUGCACAGUUGAUUGUGUUACCUGCAAGCCAGUUUGUACUUGCGAUAUGCCGGGAGCAGUGUGCCAAGAUCCCCGCUUCGUUGGCGCUGAUGGCAUCACUUUCUACUUCCAUGGAAAGAAGGAUAAAGAUUUUUGCCUUGUUGCCGAUAACAAUCUCCACAUCAAUGGCCACUUCAUUGGUAAGCGAAACAAAAACAUGGGCCGAGAUUUUACAUGGGUCCAAUCCAUUGGUGUUCUUUUUAACAACCAUAAAUUACAAAUCAGUGCUCAAAAAACUUCCAACUGGAAUGACGACAAUGAUCGUAUCUCCAUCACAUUUGAUGGGGAAACUAUCCUUCUACAAGAAAUCGAAGGUUCCAAAUGGCAGUCUUCCACGACAUCAAUCACUCGGAUUGAAGAAACCAACAACAUCGUUGUAGAAGUUGAAAACUUGUUCAAGAUCAAUGCCAAAGUGGUUCCAAUAACAAAAGAAGAAUCAAGAAUCCAUAACUAUGGUAUAACUGAUGAUGAUUGCUUUGCUCAUCUUGAUCUCAAGUUCAAGUUCUUCUCGUUAAGUGAUGAAGUGGAUGGUGUUUUGGGACAGACUUACAGGAGUGACUACGUGAGCAAGGUGAAAAUGGGUGUGUUAAUGCCUGUGAUGGGUAGGGAUAACAAGUUUUUGACUGCUAAUAUAUUUGCAACUGAUUGUUUUGUUUCUAAGUUUAAGGGCAAUAGCCAUGAAAACGGUUCAUCUUUGAACUUAGAGUUGCCAAGCCUAAGGUGUCAAAGUGGUUUGAAAGGACGAGGGGUCGUAUGCAAGAGAUAGAUUGUUUUUCUUCUUUUGACUCAUACACUUCAUAUAAAUACUAAGUGUAAUAAAGAUGUGUAAGACAAUAAGGAACACAACUUCCGAGA